AUGACAAACCAUCUGGAACUAGUAGACAAAAGAGACGACGACGAUGAAUACGAUCCAUUUCUCGACCGCAAAAUAGCAAAGCCAAAUUCAACGACAGGAACCUUAAUUCACUUGAUUAAAGGAUCCUUGGGAACGGGAAUUUUGGCGAUGCCAUUGGCAUUCAAAAACGGUGGACUAGUUUUUGGCUUAAUUGGAACCAUCGCAAUUUGCUUCAUUUACGUUCACUGCGUCCAACUGCUGGUCGGAACAUCACAGAAAGCUUGUAAACGCUGUCGGCUUGCUGUUCUUGGAUUCGCCGAAACCGCAGAAGCCGUCUUUGCCAAUGGUCCGCCACUAUUGAGAUCGUACUCAAAUUUUGCAAGAAACUACAUCGAUUUUAUGAUCCUGAUCCAAAGUCUGCUGACGUUGUGCCUGUUUCAAAUUUUCGUCGCCAGUUCGCUGCGUGACGUUGUCAAUAAUCAGCAGCAGAUAGAAUGGAGUACACUUGCCUAUAUCGCAUUAGUAACGAUUCCAAUUGCCUUCAUUACUCAGAUACGGGUCUUGAAAUAUUUGGUACCUUUCUCGGCACUGGCUAAUGCACUAAUGAUAACAGCAUUCGGUAUCACACUGUACUUCCUGCUGAGCGAACGAAUCUCGAUAGGCGAUAAGAAUUUCUGGCCCGAAUGGAAUAAGUUGCCAUUUUUUAUGAGCACCGUGCUCUAUGCAAUCCAAGGGAUCCGGUAUGUCCUACCCAUCGAAAACAACAUGAAACAUCCGGAGCACUUUUUAGGCAUUUGCGGGGUGUUAUCGAAGGCGAUUGGAUUUUUAACCGUCCUUUAUGUCGUGACUGGAUUUUUCGGUUAUGCAUGUUAUGGUGAAGAUACGAAAGGAUCUGUUACUUUGAAUCUUCCCAAACAGAAUGGAUUAGCAGAAUCGACUCGCCUAUUGGCGGGCAUUGCCGCGAUGUUUUCGAUGGGUCUCAGCUACUAUGUCCCGAUGGAUAUCAUUUGGCGCCGGAUUGAAAAUCGGAUUCCCAAAGAGCGGAGAAACCUCAUACAGAUAGCGUUGAGGUUCAUCGUGUUAAUUCUAUUGACUGGUGUAACGAUUGGAGUUCCCGAGCUGGAACCGUUUGUCGGACUUGUGGGAUCGUUUUGCUCUGGAAAUCUGGUAGUUCUGGUACCAGUUGCACUUGAUGUCGUUUUUAGAUGGCCUGAUAAUUUCGGAAAAUAUCAGUGGCGACUGGUUAAGAAUUGUCUUUUGGGUUUGUUUGGGCUAGUCGUUUUAGUUUCCGGGACUAUUUCAAGCAUACAAAAUAUUAUUGCUAUAUAUAAAUAG